GGAGUAUGCACGCAUCAUCCCCGUGACUUUGCAUCAUUUUAAAGGAAUACUACGUGGAAAUAGAAGUUUGAAAGGGGGGUUUGCCUGUUUGUUUGUGUAUAUUUCACCCCCCCCCCCCCCCCCCCCCCUUGUCAUAUGUGCAACAAGAUGUCAGAAGUUCGCCUUUCUAACGCGAGCCCGACGGUGGAGAGGGUGGAUGCGCGGCAGCCGGACAGCGCCAGACCGUCGGUCCGCAGAAACCUCUUCGGCAAACCCGACCCGGAGGAGAUACGGAGUUACGUGGCGGCUUCGAUCCAGCGAGAUGUGCAGGGUUUUACGGAAACGUACAACUUCGAUCCCGUCAACGACAGGCCGCUCUCUCCGCGCAAUUACGACUGGCAAGAGGACCGCGACGCACCGGAGUUUUAUGUCAGGGAGCCUCACGGGAGACAGGAGGAGAGGUCGGCUCAACGAGACCGAAACGGUUCGAGGAAAAGAGGUUCGGGAGCUUCAGGAUCCUGCUCCAGCGAGUCUCAGAGUAAAAGGUCGCACACCGACAAAGAUGAUGAUGAUGAAGACCACGGUGCAGGAAGUCAGGCGGUAAAAGCCGCGGAGAAGAGACCCAGCAGGCCUGAGCAGAGCGCGGAGGUCCAGUGAAAAACAGUGCUAGGUUAGAAAUCACUAUCUCACUAUUCCACUGUUAUGAAGUAAUUUGAAUGGAUGUCGAUGUACGUGUUUCCAAUGCGUAAAAUACUAACGCUCGGCUGUUAAUUUGGACGCCAAUAGAGUUUGAUGUACUUGUUUAUCAUCAGUAACUGUUGCAAUAACGCAAUUAUGACCUGCACACAACACUUACACGUCAUCAGCCCUCCAGACUUUCAUUUUGUUUUUUUUGUUUUUCUUUCAUCUUCCACAACCCCUUCGUGCUAUGGCUGUUCUCCCUCUGCGUGUGAGUGUGUGUGCGUAUCUGCAUGAGGGAUAUCAAGCAUGAGCAACUGCUUUUUCAAUUGCACCAUUCAACAGCCUGUUUCCUCUUCAUGUCCCACAGAGUGGGGAGACCUGUUGCUGGUGGAAUACUGUAGCCUCUCUCAUCAUCUGACAGAUGGGAGAGAACAUAUAAAAGCAGUCUGUUCCUAUAGAAGGGAGGAGGAGAGGCUGCACAAGCACUGAAUAUGUACACUAUCAAGUUUUGGCACUCAUUUUAAUUAAAUUGCCUCAGAAGCAGCAGACAAUGUAGCAGUGUGCAAAUGGAUUUUUGCUCAUUUUUUUUUUUUAUCUACUACUAUGUUUCAGAUGUAGCACAUAAAAAAAAAGCAUAUUAUGCUUUUCAUACUUUUGUUAAAUGUAUUUGAAUAAGUGUGUGAAUUUGACUCGGGAAGUUGCAGUGCAAUUUUCAACAGAGAAAUAUUAUUUUGUUUAAGUGGUCAUAUUGUAUCAUUCAUUCAGGUAAUUGAUGUAAGUUAAAAAUGCAGAUUUCAAAAGUCAGGGUUAUGUGGAAACAAAAUGUCUUCACUUUUUCUAUGGCUUUAUUUGUCCCAGUGUUAUAUAUAUAUCUUGUUUUUGAAGGCCCAGAUGGCCACACUGUAAGUUGAGGCGCCAUCUAACUGGGAACACUCAUGAAAGAUAAAGUUUACAUGCAAAUAUGGUCUCCUUUCCCCCCCCCCCAAAUUUUUCUUUCACAAUUUUAUUAUAUUUUAGUUGUUUUUUUUACCAAAGUUUGUGCCUUUUGUUCGGGGGUUAGGUGAGGGGGGUGGGUGGCAAAACUGCUGAGCAAUAUCCAACCAAAUUUUAACAGUAUUUGCUAAUAAUCCUAAGAAUUAGCUUUUAUUUUUGAAUUAGGUAAAUUCAUAUUUUAUUGCCUUUUGGGUCACAUAAUCUGCCCCAUUUAAUAUGUGGUGCAGCCCAGGUUAACAUAGAUUAAAUAUGUUUAAAUCCCUGGGCUACUUAUUAUGCAAAUAUGUGAAUCAAAGAUUUGUAUUUGUGGUGUGGAAUUCAUGUGGAACAUGUAAUUGCACUAUUUUUAAUUUCUCCUUUUUGAGGGCAGAAAAACAAAGUGACACUCGCCUCAUUUGGUGUAAAACUUUGAAGUGUACCUGUGUGCCUUUUUUCCCUUUUUUUUUUUUUUUUUCAAAAACACUGAAAAAAGUAUACUAACUUAUUUAUGUUGAGCUUUUUGUUGUGGGUAUAUGUAUAGCUUCCCAAAGCAACGUUUUUGUAAAUAUAUAUUUUCAUUAUUGUUUUUAAGAGAAAUAAACUGUUGCAAAACUGAGCCUAAUAAUCGAUUUUAUAUCCUGUGUUUUGUACUUUUUCUUUUCUUCUUCAACGAACAAGUUGAUUGGUUAAAAAGCAACGCUGGUGUAGUAAAUUCAUGCGCUCACUAUUUUUGAUUGUAAAACACACAACGACUCCACCCUUAACAAACACUUCAGGUUUAAAGCGAUCCGCCCAUGUAAACUGGCAGACAGCAAUAAUGAUCACUAUGAUCACAUAGUGAUUAUUAUCGCUUACACAAAGACCUGCUGGAGAUACACCACGUUAUUAAAGAUGUUUAAUGAGUUCUUCAGUCUGAGGAAUGACACAGCACUGAUAGGAUCAGAAACUACCAUAACUUAUCCACAAUCUACCCACUAAUAACCUCAUGAACAAACGUACUGUCUGUCAUGUUCUAUAAUGAGGUUUAAGUGACCAGAUACUACCAUUUUAUUGUAAGAAUAAUAGAGAAUUUACUGCUG